AAAAACAUAGGCCUCACACAGGCACAAGAUGAGUCAGUGCAUCUGGUACACCCACUUUCAAUGUUCAUCUAUAUCUCUCUCAACAGACUACUGUUUUCCUCUGAUUUCACUUUGUGGGCAUUGAAACCAGAGGCUAAAACAUGUCCUCGUUGGAAUUUGAUGAAAUGGCAGUGUCUGAGAGAGGACCAGACUUGGACAUUGUAAUUGCAGGUGGGGGAUUGGCAGGUUUGUCUCUUGCGCUUGCCCUUCAACACAGAAAUGUCGAAGCCCAUGUCUUCGAAUAUCACCCAUAUUUUAAGGCUGAUACGGCCACUGCAAUAGGCAUUGGUCCCAAUGGUGUCACUGCUCUUGAAGGGAUUAAGCCUGGCUUGAGCUCCAUCAUCUCCCAAGCAGGCUCUUACACAAAUAAUAUCAAGCUCACCUAUUUUAGAGACGGGAAGGAAGAUCCGCCUAGAAUAACAAACGUGCCACCCAAGAAAUAUAUUACUGUUAGGUGGAAAUCUGUGCAGGAAAUCUUGGCAAGUUUAGUGGAUAACAAAAGAAUUGUUUUCUCCCAUAAGCUUAUAGGGUAUCGGCCUUCAAAGGGCGGUGUUGAGGCCUAUUUUAGAUGUGGAAAUGCCUUGGAUAGAAUUAAAGUUGUGUGGACUAAGCUUUUGAUUGGAGCAGAUGGAAUAUGGUCUGCUGUAAGAAAACAGAUGGUGGGGGAUUCUCCAAGGUACCUCAAUUUGGUGCAUUGGAAUGCACUGCUGUACAACCCAGAUCUCAACAGAGUUUAUAAGGGCAUAAAAGAGGGGGAAAUUAUUGCGCGAACAAUGGAGAAUAUGCAGGCCCACAGCAUUAUAGCCCAUGCAGGGGAUUACACUCUUUGGGUUCUUCGUACAAAAGAUGAAUCAGAAGAUCUAGCAAACUCAUUGGUAGGAGGACGAGGCGGCAUUGGUAUCCCUGGUUGUAAAGCUCGCGCUCUUAAACAAUUGGAUGGGCUUGAAGGAUGGGAAAGUGUUCGAGAAGUUAUUGAUGCAACCAGUGAGGACAUUAUAUCAGAAAGAAAGAUCAUGGACAGGUUGCCCUUAGAUAAAUGGACUGAUGCAGAUGGUCAUGUCCUGCUCAUUGGUGAUGCUGCACAUGCUCAGUAUGUUGGGCCAGGACAAGGCGCCAGAACUGCUUUUGAAGAUGCCCAUCAACUCUCCCUUCUUCUUCAACAUGCAAGUCACUCAUCUUUUACAGAGGAAAGCAUUAGAGAUGCUGUCAAAAGGUUUGAAGAGGUAAGAAUUCCUCGGAUGAAAAAGAUGCAGCAGUUUGCAGCCUAUUCCACAAGGCUUCCUAAAUUUCAACCUGAGUGGUUCCAGAAUUUGACAAUGGAAGAAAGAUUAAGAGUGCAUGAGGAAUACACGAAAUGGGUUUAUUCAUAUCCCAACAAGCAAGAGUGUGACCCAGACUCCAUCUUUUUCAAGUGAAUAUGUUUAAGCUUGGUAAGAGGACCUGAUUAAUAUUCUUGUCCAGUUAGACCAGAUGAUAGAACAGGGCUUGCAUUUCUACAUCAUUAAUGAUUAGUUUAGGAAGUGCAAAGUAGCAGUCACAAUUGGAAUGAAUGCACCGCCUGUACACCAGUUAAUUUGAGAUACUGCAGUGAACCCCAAAUUAAAUAGAAUUGCUAAAAGUGAAAUCAUUUAGUAGUAAAUAUUUUAGACUUCGACAGGGAAGUCAUGAAUGUGAAAGCAUCAAAGUGCAGACUUGUAUUUCAGAGUUUACAGUUGUAAAGUUCGGCCAAUGAUAUUUACAUUAUUAUUUCUUAAAACAAAA